CAUCCUCUGACCGGUGACGCCACUGCACGUAACAAGCGAACACCACUUGCAGUAACAGCGCAGUGCGCAGUCGAAAUUGUGAACCAUGGGAGCCACACCGAGCAAGCACAGUAUUGGAGAUGGACUGGCGUAUUCCUACUACAGCGGAUUUCUGAAAAUUGUGCUACCAGAGCUCAGCAAUGGAAUCGACAGCAGUGAAGAUGGGAAGUGGAAGGAUACAAUAGUUUCAAAAAAGCUCCUCAUUCUGGUCCCUGAGAGUGGAGAACUACCUAGCCUUCUGCAAGAUGUGGAUGAGAAUAUCUCAUUCGAAGGAAAAAUUCAGAUUGUUCAAGCAGAUGUAGCAGGAACUCCUCAAAGGCCAUACAGUAACAACAUCUACAAAGCAAAAAUUAAUGACAAGGAAAUUAUAUUUGUCGCUGACAUGCCGGCAAACCUGAACACGCUUCGUGACAUGGUAGCUGAUCAUGCUUUGACUGGAAUGACGGCUGUAGAAAGACUCCACGAGGUGAAGAGGUUUGUUGACAUGUUGAAGAAGACCAUUAAUGCGAAGGAAGGAAUAGUCGAAAAGUGUGAGAUCGUCAUGUAUGAUGAUAAACAGAAGAAAAUCUCGGAAGUUAUUGGAGAGAAGUUUUCCUCAUGAAUUCCUGAUGAGUCACAAUGAUUGCUAUUGUUCAAUGUGAGUUAUUAAUGCUUGGAUGAAAUGGGAUAUUAAAACAGUGAAUUCGGUUAUUAGUUUUUUUCCUGAAUAUAUCUGUAUACUAUUACAUUGUAUAGAUAUGUU